UUUAUUGUUUAUUUUAUAUUUGGUAUUGAGGUGUUGCCCGAUAGUAUAUGUAAUAUAAUAAUAUAUAUAUUUGUAUAUGCAGGAAGUAGGCUAUCAAUUUGUAAAAACUUGGCAACUUUCAUUUUGCUCGGUAAAGCCACAGCACCAUUUCAAAAUAUUGCUGAUGGCAAACAAGCGCUGGCUUGUGUGUGAAAUGUUGUGUAAAAAUUUUGUUUAAUACUAGUCAUUAAGUUUGCGAUCAUAAAAAUACCGUAUUACAAGCAUCCCCCGAAAUCUAGCAAACAAUUUUUCUCGUCGUCCGUCCACUUGUAAGCCACGCCCACUAGAAGUUAUUCAGGUAAGAAACUACACGAGACCCAGCGUAUGGGUUGGAGAUUAAUUUGUGCCGGUAUCGACAGUUGAAUAUUCAUGGUCUAUUAUCACCUUAUUACAGAUAAAGGGAUGACCUUAAAUGGCUCAAGGUGUUAAUUAAUUCAAAGAAAUGUAUUUGUACAUAGUCAGUAAUAUGACGUUGAAUUAGUGCUGUAGUGAUGAUAGGUAAAAAAGAUAGGCAGUUACUUGUUUUCUAGGUAUAUGACUUUCUUGUGCGUACUGUUUUGGCCUAGCUUAGAGAGAUGAUUUUGACAUUCAGACAUUGGGCGUCAAAUAAAAUAAAAUACUGUUAAUGUAAUUCGAAAUAAAAACAUUCAUGACAGAAAAAGAUUGAUAUUGCCUGUGUCUCUCAAAGUUGAUUGAAAUUAAAUUGAAUAUAUUUGAGCGAUGUUUAGCUCACUUGAUUAGUUUAUGAAACUUUUAAAAUAUAUUUCGCAUGUAAUCCUUUUUAACACCGUAAUAUUUUUGUUUGUCCAUAAACCGAAAAGUAUUUUUAAAGCAUUGUAAAAAGGUAGUUGCGAACGAACAUUGCUACUUUUAUUUGCAAUUCAGAAAUUAUCUGAAUGUUUUUAUUUUUUGGUAGUAUUAGAAAGUAUACUGACAAAGAGUAUUGUAUGAUUCAUGUUACUUAGUGAACUCUAAUCCUUUUUAAUAGUCCAUCCCUUAUAUUGUGGAAUUUUGAAUAUUAUGAAACAGAAAAUAUUAACUAUGCUAAAAAAGAAAAAAUAUUGAUUUAAAUAUGAUAAACUGGAAUAAGGCUGUGAAACCGCUGUUAGGCGGGCCUCUAGCCUCCCCUCCAUCUGGUUUCACAACGGAAGAUUUGAAUGCGGUGAUUCGUGCUGUGAAUGUAAAUGCUGAAAAGAUACUGGAUCAUGAGUCUAAAUAUGAAUGCUUCUUUUCUUCAUAUGUCGCAUUGGUUGGCCAUUACAUUGCAAAUUCAUUUGACAAAGUUCAGAAGUCUUUGUUCCAUGAGUUUACAGCUGCAUGUGAGUUGUUAUUAAAGUUUUGUCUUCAGCGACUACAAAAUUUUGAUGUGCAUUGUGCUGUUCCACAAAAGAAUUUGAUGCAACUGAUUUCUGCGCUAUGUCUCGGCUCUACACCCUUCGUUCGAGUGGAUGUCAUCACAUUCACUGCUAUGCUGAAGUCUGCAGAACUACCUAUGAUUGUUCAAAAAGCUGAUUCUGAUGCCGAUGUAAAUUCACAAUCAUCUCAAGAUCAACCUUCUGGUUCAGCAUUCAUUGAACAAAUGUCUAUAGCAUUUGAAGUACAUGCUUCUGGAAUUUCUGUGACUAAAUCAGGUAAAAAUGUUGACAUGUCAGUGAUACUGAAAGAAAAUGUUGCCAGCUUAUCCCGUCUUACAAGGAAUGAUAAUUUUGCCCAAGUUUAUAAGAAUCUUUCAUAUCUAAAAAGAUAUGUGAACAGAUUUGCUGAUUUGAAGAAAGGAAAACCCUUGGUUCUGCCUGAUUCUGUAAGUUCCGCAUUGACCAUACGAAACGGUCUUGGACCUCUUGCUAGUAAUAUCAGCAUUGUUCUUCAAGCCAUAUCUUUGCCAAUGACUGAUGCUCUAACAACAGAAAAAAUUGAAAACUUGUCCAAACUUAGUUUAAGUUGUAUUUAUGCUGGUCUGUCUGUUGCAACAGCAAUGACCUUGAUAUCUGAGGAAGGCAAAACUGCAAACAUUUCAAGUUCUGCUACAGCCUCGUCUAGUAGUAAAGGGAAAGAGCCUGAUUAUGAAUCAAUUGCUGAUACCAUCAUAUAUGAAGCAUUUGAAAUUUACACCAAAACUGAAGAAAUUUUAACAUCAAGAUAUAGUUCUUCCCACGUUUUACCAAAUUUUCAGAUGAUGGCUGCUUACAUACUUUCACAAGGACUGUCUGUUAUACUGCAACAGCAUGGUACCAUUGCGAAAGAGAAAGGUCAUAGCAAGACUGAUAAACAAACCAUACCCGGAAUUUUCACUUUAGCUUUGGCUGUCACUCUAACUGAAAUUAUGGAAAAGUUAAUGGAUAAUUCUGAUUUCGAAGAUAUUGUAGAACAGUGGGAUUCGUUUAGUUUUUCUACUGAAGUUCUUGACAUCAAUGCUUCAAAUAAUGGAUUUUCAAGGUUGGCUGUACUUACAGAGAAAUGUGAUAUUCUUUCAUUACUGAUCAACAUACUGCAUUUGUACUACGAAAAUUCUAGUGGUAAAACGACAGAGAAGGUGUCACGAAAAGAUACCACGACUGCUGAUGAUUCUGGAGCGUCUGAUGAUGAAAACAAUCACGACAGAACCUUCGACAUUAUGGACGGUUCUGAAACAGAUUAUUCAUCAUUUGAUGAGGAUGUGCCGAAUGGAAGUUUUGGAUUUACUGGUGGUCCACUAUUUGGUGAAUGGUUCAUAAGAGUUUUAAACGAGCCAGGGAGUGAUGAAAUUGCAGAUGAACCAAUGCAGUUCGAAAUGUCACUACCCGAUGCACGGAGCACAAGAAAAUUCAUGUUGCCAGAAGAAGCUCUUGUCAAAAAUGAUUCAUUAAAUGGAUUCUUACAGAAAGCUAAAAUCUCAGAACUGUUGAGUAAUGUCAUCAGCUUGAUUGAUAAUAAAUUUGUGUCUUCAAAAACUGUGUGUAUAAAAACAUAUGUACAUCGUCAUGUCAAAGUUGGAUCUGUGGAAAAAUUGAUUGGUUUUUUAAACAGAUUGGAUGCAUCACAUAAGAAUAAUCAAUUGUUGAUGCGGUUGUUACAUAACCUACUCUCUUCCGAUCUUGUCAAUGAGGAGAUUGAGGAGGCUAUUCUAAAAGCUCUCAAAUUGGAUACACCUGUCAAGCAGUUGUUUGCAGACUCGAAAUCGUUGUCAAUUUUGUUCAAAAUUUUAUUUAAGCACCAAUUGGCAGAAAGAAAAGAGGGCAAGGAUCACCAAAAAACCGUUGAUUUUAUCCAGAAUCUGGUUGAAUAUUAUCAAAAUCCGGAAACAGGAGCUAAUGGAAUCAUUAAGGAUGUGGACGUGACAAUUUUUCAAAUGUGCUUAUUUCUCUUUCACAUGGUAUCGGCCUCUGCACAAAGGAAUUUCUUAAAAUCUGUGAUUCAUGCAUUGACACGUUGUAAUGAAGUAGAAAAACUUCCUAUUGCUACAUCACGCUUUGUCUUGCUAUUAGAAUAUCUCUUGCACCACUAUUUAUCUCCUUCAAAACAACUUUUUGCUCAUACUCAGUGGAAUUUAAUUACUGUGCAUUUGGAACCUGAUGCUGCUGACACCAGUAAUUUGGGAUUUGUUGCACUCGGAGGUUCUGAUUCUUGCAAAGCAUUCUCGCCAUUUUUGAGUAGUAUUCAACCUAGUAGCGAUUCUCAAACCAAGCCCACCAGUGACACUGAGACGGACAAUACCAAAUGUAAUGAUUUUUUUGACGAAAUGUUUUUUGAAGUUAGUGAUUUGGGAAUAUCGGGUGUGGAUAAAACUGCUGUGGAAGUUCUUAACAGCUGUGAUAUAUCAGCUGAUAAUCUUUAUAAAAUUGUCUUUUCUGCCAUGAAUGCAGGUGGUAAGUUAAAGCUUGCCUUUUGUGGCGAUGAAAAAUAUGUGGACGAAAGAAUGCCUGAAUUAAUGAAGCGGUUUCUUGUAUACAAUUUUCAAAUUACUUGGAGAUUGCACAAAAAGAUCAUGCCACUGUUGCUUGAGGAUAGUAAUGAAACAACAUCACAAGACCUGUCUUAUUUUCUGAUAGCGGCACAUUCUUUCGGGUUCAUGCUCAAUAAAAAUUUCACAGGUAUACCGAAGGAAAAUGCAUUCGAUGAGUUUGCAGCGCUACUCCAACAAUUUGUAAGCAAUCAUUUUGCAUAUGAAGUGGAUGGCAAUAUUGUUCCCAAAAGUGCAUUUCCAUCUUUCACAGAAAUUAUGGUAUUAGAUUGCCUGCUGCAUGAAGUAAUAAACACCAUUGGAAGACAAGAAGAAAAUUUUGAGACACCCCCAACACUAUUAUUUCCAACAGUCAUGAAAGUGAUGAAGCUGUUACGAUUUGUCUGCCGCUCGUACGUUAUGCAUGCAAGUAGAGAGCCAGAAGAGUCAUUCGAUUUGUACUCAUCGGUUAUGGAAACUGAUGUUGCUGGGUUAAAACUCAUUGAAGGUAAUUUGUUGAGUAGUGUAAACUUUCCUGAAAUGCCCAAGUCUUUGGACUCUGAAAUUAGCAAGUGGGAUUCGCAAUCUCGAUCAAGAAUAGCUGGAGACACAAAAAAUGAAAACAUUAAUACAGAAAACGUUUUUACAAGCUAUUUAAAAGCUCUCCAAAGCAAAAAUCCGUACUUAACAAUUUUACAAUAUCUUGCUGAAACUGUUCACCAAACUCUGGCAAAAUUGUCUUUAUGUGAUGAUGUAGGUAACAAGUCUAGUGACGUUUCUUCCUACAGAGAAUUAUUGCAGAUUGUUACUGAUACUCUAAUGAGUAGAUUUACUGACACCAAGUCACUUGGACAGGACCCCACUUCUGAAAAAUUUAAAGAGACUGUUUGGUAUCACGUCAUCCACCAGAUCUAUGAUUUCAUCAUCAACAUGAAUGCGAAGAGUGAAAUAGAGGAGAGGAAAUAUUCAACUGCAUUUUUGUCUUUCCUAGAACAAUUUCUUUCUCAAGAAAAUUCGUCUCACAUGAAAAAGGCCAUGCAUCAUUUCUUCAUAUCCUCAAAAGAGGAAAAAGAUGUCCUCACAAAAAAAGAUCCCAAAUCCCCACUAACAGCAUACAGUGGUAUACAAUUUAAAUAUUCAGGAGAUUUUGUUGCAUUACUUCUUUGUAGUACACCUAAUCAAAAGCUCUAUAACCAUGCGCUAUUCAGUCUCAUAUGCAAAAUGUUUGAUGGAAUUAUCGGUAAAACACCUGAUCCUCUCCUAAUCCCUAUCAUUGCUGAAAUGAAUAAGCUUGAGUCUUUACCACAAAUGGAAUUUGACAAAUGGUUGACAACCUUCAAAUCAUUUCUUCUGGAUUCAUCUAAAGAUUCUUCAAAAAAAGCUGAUAUUUCAUUGAAACUAGCACGUUUCAUGUCCCAUACGGAGUCACCUGUCAAUCACACUCUUGCUUUGAAAAUAUUGGAAGCUUCAAUGGUUGAUGUAGAAUCCCAUAUAGAAAGUGAUUCCAUCACUGAUUUCUUAGCAAUAUUGAUGAGUUUAGCAGAGGCAAAAGAAGGACAAGGCCACGACAAGCUUUUCAAAAGGCUCAGAUGGCUCAAGCUUUGCAGAGAAGAAAUGCAAACUUAUGACAAAAUGAAUGAACUGACUAAAGAACAGAUGAAUGUUGUAAAUGUAUGUGAGCUCAUUCUUUUUUAUAUAAUGGAUGUUCUUCUGGUUCUUCAUGAGAUAGAAGCUGAAGAUCAAUAUUGCAGCGAAUAUGAAGAUGAUUUAGUGAUACAUGACAAUGAAAAUACAGUGGAAAUGGACAAACCAAACGUCCAACCUGUUUUAGACUACGACCCAACAGAAGCAGAGGAUAUGUCUAGUAAACUGUGCACAUAUACAGUCACCCAAAAGGAAUUUAUGAACCAGCAUUGGUACCAUUGUCAUACAUGUGAAAUGACUGAGGGAAUUGGUGUUUGCACUAUUUGUGCAAAAGUAUGCCAUAAAGGUCAUGAUCUUGCUUAUGCAAAGUAUGGAUCUUUUUUCUGCGACUGCGGAGCUAAAGGUAGUAAGGCCUGUAAAGCUUUAACAAAGCGAGACCAGGUAAUCGAAAAUUCUUCAGAAAGAAUUCUAUCAGCUUCCUCCUCCAGUACAACUGUUGUUCCAUCUGCAUCAUCCUCCAUGACUUCUCUGCAGUCUAAAAAGAUUCUGUCUGCUGGAGCCAGUGCUACUUUCGUUGAUUCUACAGCCAAAACAGCAUCUGCAUCUGGUGAAUCUGAAGAAAAAUCGAGGCGACAUAAACGACAAAAGAUGAAAUUGUGUAAAAAUUUGGAUGGAUGUAGAAAUGAGAUCUUACAUUACCUGAGCACUGAUGAUGGAAAAGAACAAUGUGUCGGACUUCUGUUAGAUGUUAUUUCUGAUUUGGAAAAGAUUGUUGAAGGAAGUGAAUAUAGAUCGGUCACACCCAAUAGCACAGCUUACGCUCGACAAAUGAUGUCAAAGCUUCAUGAGACGGACAAGAUAACGUUGACUGUUGAAACUCUACUGGUCCCUACUCUUGGAUCUCAAGAAGGUGCUUUUGAGAAUGUAAAAGCAAAUUUUACUGGUGAGCAGGGACAAACUAUCAGACAAUUGAUCAAUACACAGAUGAUUUCAAGAGUUGCCAUGAGCUGUUUGUCAUCUGGUUCUGGCCGACGACAUCAUCUGGCUGUUAGUCAUGAAAAAACUAAGCUUACUAUUCUGCAACUUUCUGCUCUCUUGAAGCAAGCUGAUGCCAGUAAGCGGAAAUUAACACUUACCAGACUUUCAACUACUCAAAUACCAUUUACUAUAGUUACCUUGGCAAACAAUCCAUGUAAUGAAGAAGUAUUAGCUGUCUGUGGAUUGAAGGAUUGCCAUAUUCUAACAUUCACAUCUUUGGGAACAGUGAAUGACCAUUUGACUCUUCACCCACAGCUUUCUGCUGGCAAUUACAUCAUAAAAGCGCUGUGGCUCCCAGGAUCUACCAGCGAGAUUGCUCUCAUUACUGCUAAGUUUGUGAAAAUAUACGAUUUGUCAAAAGAUGUUCUAUCACCUUCGUUCUAUUUUCUAAUUCCCACCGGAAAAAUCAGAGAUGCGACUUUUAUGACACCAUCUAGUGGUGAAGAUUCUGUUCCGUGGCUUGUUAUUAUGUCAUCUUCUGGUUAUAUGUAUCACCAGCCAUUGUAUGAGUUUUGUUCGGCUACUCAUGGACCUUUCUACAUCACUGGAACCCUGUCUAUUGUUGAUGAUAGUCUUAAAGAGAAAAACGAUCAAGUUGGUUCUGGUGGAGUCGUUUACUAUUCUCACACCUUACAAUUGCUUUUUUUCAGCUAUGGAAAUGGCAAAAAUUUUGCUGACUUAGAUGUCAAAGCAGAAAAGGCAUUGAAAUUAUUUACUAUUGCAUUUAAAGCUACAAAUGGAAAAGCAAGUAAUGGUUCCAGUUUGGCCUUAUUUUCUUGGAAUGAAGUAACAAGCCAUCCUGGCCUAAUGACGUGCUUUGUAUAUAGCACUGGUGUUCCGGUGACUUUAUUAGUCGAUCCCGAUUGUAUUCGGUUGCAGGUAAUGAAAACAACAACAUGCAAAGCCAGAAUUCAAGAUCUCGUUGCUGUACGACAUUCAUCAUGGGUGAGUGAUGGAGAUAGAUCCACAUUGAUUGCUUUAUGCGAAGAUGGCUCUUUGAGAAUUUAUUUAGCAAAUCAAGAAACCACUGGUUUCUGGCUACAUCCUAAUCUACAGCCAAAAUCAGUAUUUGCUCGAAAAAAAAGUGAAGGUAAAGGUGUACAGAAGAAUUCGUCUGCUGAUAGUGCCAAGGCAAAAGAACAAGAUCAAAUAGAGCCAAUAUUUCCCGUUGAUUUCUUUGAAGACUGUCAGCUUAUCCCGUCAAAUGACUUGGAAUUCGGUGGGGAAUCAUUGCUUCAAGUGUAUAAUCCAAACCAAAUCAAGAACAGAUUGGCAAAUCAGGACAUGUAUAUUGUAUCAAAACAGACAUUUGGUAUUGAAGUUACCAUUAAAAAUAAAAAUAUGGUUGUUACUGGCAUCAGAAUGCAACUUGGCAACCGCGGCAGUGAUUUUGCACCUACACAUAUUUACAUUGAGGAUCGAUAUAUAUCUUUGGGACCACGGCUGAAAAAACCUAGAUGGUUUGAUUUCCCACUUACACGUGAAGAGUCCAUUCGAAAUCAAAGUAAACUUGUGAUUGUUUGUGGGUCUUCAGUUCACCCGGAUGACUAUAAUAUAGUCGAUAGUAUUAAAGUCUAUGGGAAAACUAAAGAAAAUUUUGGUUGGCAAGAAGAAGAGGCCAAAGCUGUUGCAGCUUCGGUAGAAGCUCGUGAAAAAGCGAAAGCGACUAAGGGUGGAAAAUCACAAGAAAAAUUGGAUCAUGAACAAUCAAGUGACGGGCCUUCAAACCAGCUUAAAUUUUCACAGGCAUCAGAUAGUGAUGGAUAUUCUAGCCCUACAGAUAAAUUACUGCUGGCAUGCCUGGCUUCAUUGAAUUGUACUUUUGCACAAGGUUCUGAUAUGGGAUGCAUAAAUGAGAAAUUAAAAUCUAAUGCUUUGAAGUUGGCGUCCAAACUUAUUGUACAGGAUGUUCCACACUCCGUCCACAGACAUGUCAAACAAUUGAUGAUGAACUUGCUUCCAGUAACGGAUGAAUAUCACAAAUUCAAAGAUGGCACUAUUCUAAAGCAUAUAUCAGAUACAUUGAAAAACAGAAAAGUUAUUGAAACUCUAGAUAAUAAUUCGGAUGAUAAAGGUCAAACCAAAUGGAAUCUACGCUCUGAUGAGUUUCAAAUUUUAUUAAUGGAACUUAGUCGCAUUUCGGUUCGAAGACCCAACAAUCUUUUGUCGCAAUUAGAGAAUGAAGAUGCGUCUGUUCAAAAUGAUGACACCAGCCAAGUGAUUGUGACACCAUCUCCCAUUAAUGAUCAUUACUGCACACAUAUGCAGGAUUUAAUGGAUAUACUCUUGCAAAUGAUCAAUGAAAAACCCAAGCAUAGAUCGUUGAAUCCAUUUUGCUUACCUGGCAUUCAGCACAUCGAGUCAUCUGUACAAGCUUAUGUUGACAUUGUUCAUGCGAUACCAAUGAUUCUUCCAUCGGCCAUUGGCAAAGCAUCCCAGAUUUAUUACGAUCUUUUAACAAGUAAAUAUGUACAAGUGAGUUCGGCUGCUAGGUCUGCUUUAAUACGCCUUCUGUAUUGUGCACCACCGUCUCAACGUCCUAAGCCUAGAUCUGUGCGCAGCAAUAGUAAAUCCACCGAUACUGCUCCCAGUACAAGGUCAAAUUCACCGCCAUCUACAAUGUCUAAUCAAGCUGUUGCAACGGCUUCUGGAAGUGGUGGUGUUCUGGUGCUGACCUCAGAUCAGGCUAAUCAAAUUCAUCAGCCACAUACUUCUUAUAUAAGAACCCAAGAGGAACGAGCAGAAUUGAUGAAUGAUGAAGAUGAAGACGACGAUGAUGAUGACGACGACGAUGAUUCUGAUGGUGAUAUGUUUGAUGAUGAUGACGUAGCUAUGGAAGAAGAAAUGAUGAUGGAGCAACGAGGCAAUGGUAUUGCACCAUCAUUGAACAGAGAGGAACAAUUACGGGCCAUGCAAGCGCUUGAAGAAAACAUGAACCAAGCUCAAAUCAGUUCAUCCAGUUCACAAAACGAAGAAAAUGAAAAUGAAGCUCCUCCUGUGGUUCAGCCGCAACAAAAUGCCUCGGAGGUUCAAAGUCAAAUGCAAAGAUUACAUGAUUUAAUGCAAGCUCCUGAAAAUCCAAAUUACUUUAUGCAGGAAGAUAACUCAAGCUUAGAAGAAAUGAUCAUGGAUGUUCAAGAUGAAGAAUUUCCUGGUUUUGAAGGCGACGAUGAAGCAAUGGUGGAAUAUGCUAUUGCCCUCAGUUUGCAGCAAUCUGGAGGUGAACAACAAAGCGCGCAACAACCCAGUGGGAAUGAGAGUGUGGGCAGUCAAGCCUUGGAACAAUUACUUCAAGUCAUGAACUCAGAAGCACAACAAAAUCAAGUUGAGGUUCAUCAUCCAAUUCAAGAACAAGUUUCAAGUUCUGUAGCUGAUACAUUGCCUUCUCAAAAUGUAGAUGCAGUGGAUUAUGCGGCACCUGAAGAAGAAAUUGUAAAUGUGUCAGCCAAUCAGAAUAUAGUUGAAUUUCAUCCUCCAGGAGAAGACUCUGAAGAUAAAAAUGCAGCAGGCUCAAUAGAAAAUGACAUACCAGACAUUAUGUCCGAGGUUGUUAACGUACCUUCUGAAGUGGAUGCACAGCCUUUUGAUUUUGAAAAAAUUGGCAACAUGCGAGCCAAACUUCUUGACGAGCUUAUUUCAAGGCUUCCUGAGAUUCUUCUGCUCGAAAAGGGUGAUCAAUCUAUUCCAUACUUCCAAGUCCUUAUAACACUAACAAAACUUCUUGAUCCAACCAAGGAAGCACAAAUGAUUGUAUUGGAAAAAGUUAUCUCUGGAUUGGCAGCUAACAUAAAUGGUGAAAAUCACAAUGAAUCACUAAACAAAAUAUCUGAAAGAUCUGCUUUGAAGGAAAUAUUGAGCAACAUAAUUCGAUGUUUGGUCAUUUUGAUGUCUGGCCAUACUCGCUAUGAUACAGCAGUUAACAAUGAUUCAGACAAACUUGUUGAUUUGGACGAUAUGGAUAAACAGCCAACAACUAUAAGCGGAAUAACUGCAAAAAUAUUAGUUGAAAAAAAUGUGAUUGGAGUCUGUAUAUCACUAUUGAAUGAUAUACUUCAGCAACAUUGGAGUUUGACUCUGGAGAAAAACAAAGUCGACGCAGUGGUCUUAACAAAAUUACUCAAACCUAUACCUACUUCCCCUAUACCUGACUAUUCUCCCAUUAUUUCUCCCCAAUAUGUUAAAGCUCAUUCGUCAGACAUCUUUGGCGCAUAUGUUGAAAUGAUGACAGAAAGGCUUUUGCAUCUCCCUUAUCGUUUCAAAAAAUACUAUGACACUGAGAAAAUGUCGUUACCUGAAAAUCUGAAACAUCAUUUUGCAGUCAUACCUCCUGAUGAUACUAGCUUUUGUUGGAUUUUAUCUGAUUACAUGCUUUCUACUGAUAUUCCAGUGAUAAAAAGAGUCAGAAAAUUGUUGUCGUAUCUCUGUGGAACAAAAGAAAAUUACAGAGAAGUGAGAGAUAUUCAUGCAUUAACAAGAUAUAUUGAAACCAUAACAGAGACUUGGGAGAAAGCAGAUGGAUUAAGCAAGCUUGGAACUGUCAAUUUUCCGUAUGAUUUGCUCAUUUCAAUCGUUACAUACCUUGAAGCGUGUUCUGCGUUGCUACCAAGCGAACAAAAUUGGCAGAAGUUUUGUUUGAGCAUUAACAAGUCAUGCAUGAAAUUUCUCUUGAUCAGUAUUUACGUCAGUGAAAAUGUUGCCACCUCUAUUUUGCAGUUGCUCAUAUGUGCAGUGAGUGUGAAAGACAAAAAGUCUGAUGCUAUCAAAAAAGAUGUAAAAUCAACAAAAACUACAGCCAAGACCUCAAGCAAGACACCUCUGCUAAAUGCAUCCACUUCUGAUAGAAUUUCAACUGCUGGAAAUGCAGAAAUGGCUGCCAAAUUAUCGCAAAAAUUUUUGACUGAAAUAGACCAAAAGUGCUUGCAUGCUUUUUUGCUUCGAUUCAUGUUAGAAAUCAACACAACAUCUGUACGCUGGAGUGCCCACGAAUUUCUACUACAACUCUUCAGAAAUUGUGACGCUGAACUCCGAACUAAACUAGUCAAUUCCAUGUGGCUGUUAUGGCCUGCAGUUCCAGAAUAUGGACGUAAAGCUAUUCAGUUCGUUGACUUACUCGGUUAUCUAUCAAUUGAAAAUGGCUUGGACCCUGAGAAAUCUGAACUUUUUACAGAUGCUGCUUUUGGCAUGUUGAAGAAACAAAACUUACUUUUGACCAGCCAUUCAAAUUCAAUGUUAUACAUGCAAUUGUCGAAUUAUGUCGAUUUUGAGGGAUACUAUCUAGAAAGCAAUCCUUGCUUAAUCUGUAAUCAACCUGAAAUACCGUUUUCUUCCAUCAAAUUGUCUAGUAUAAAGUCAGAUACAAAGUACACUACAACCCAGCAAAUAAUAAAACUUGUUGGUAGUUACAGUCUUCAAAAAGUCAUUAAAAUUACUGAUAUCAAACAAACAAAGAUGAUUCGAACUGUCACGCUACUAUACAACAACAAAAAAGUUCCUGCAAUUAUUGAACUAAAAAACAAGCCGGAAUUGUGGCACAAAGCCAAGCAAGUUGUUUUAUCCCAGGGUCAAAAUGAAGUGAAGUUUGAUCUACCUUUGCCAGUUGUUGCUACGAAUCUGAUGUUAGAAUUUUCCGACUUUUAUGAAAAUGUUUCAGCAACCACAGAGACCCUGCAGUGUCCAAGGUGCAGUGCAUCUGUUCAAGCAAACCCUGGUAUAUGUGGAAAUUGUGGAGAAAAUGUUUUUCAAUGUCAUAAGUGCAGAAGCAUCAACUAUGAUGAAAAGGAUCCAUUUUUGUGUAAUGUGUGUGGAUCAAAGCAUGCAAAAUUUGACAUUACUUUGUUGGCAAAACCAUGCUGUGCCGUUGAUACAAUUGAAAAUGAAGAAGAUAGAAAAACGGUUGGGGUUGUAUCAGUUCUUUUGGAAAAAGCAGACCUUGCAUAUUACCAGAUGCUUGCGUACAAACCUGACUUGGAACAUCUCUUGCUUCAUAUAGAGAAAUUAACUACAGAACCACUUCGAGCUAGUGCAAAGUCUGUAACAACCUCAUCAAGUACAUCACAGAUUGGCCCUGUUGGAACACGAAUACCUGUUCUGUCAGCUCAACCGGUUGCGCUUCCUCCAGGAGUAAGCGUAGUAACUGCAUCAGGACUAGGAUCUGGCGUUAAUAUCCACAUUCGGCAGCUGGCACAAAAAUAUUGUUUUGAAGCAAAGAAUUCAUUCGAUGAACUAUCUAAAAAUGAAAACGUUUUGGCAUCCAGAAAAGAAAUUGUUGAAUAUGAUCAGAGACAGACAGGCAAUUCUGGCAAUAAAGGUCUGGUGAAUAAUGAUCAUAAUGCUUUGUCCUCCAGUUCAUCAAGUGUGAGUGCGAAAAAUUGUUAUGGAUGUGCAGCAUCAACUGCAAAACAGUGCAUCAUUCUUCUCCGAGCCCUCGCAACUGACAAAACAUCACGAAAACGUCUUGUAAAUAAUGGCUUAAUUGCUGAACUAGUUCAUAUCAGCUUAAAACGAGGGAACUCAAAAGCUAGGAAACAGGUGCAAGAAUUGAUUGGCCAACUCGUUAAGAAUGAUCCUGAGGCAUCUGCAGAACUCAGCAACAUAUUACUCACAAGAAUAAUGUCUGCGAUGAUGCAUCAUAAACAAGAUCUGUUCCCAGCUGCUGUGUCUUCAGAGAUGAAUCUCCUUGUUUCAAUGCUGGGAAUACAAGACCAGUGUUGGCAAGUAAGACUCAGAACUGUGGUGCAGUUAUUCCAACUAUCAAUUAAUAUGCAAUCACCAGCUAUCGUUGAGAGCAUCACUUUGCCUUGUUUAAAAAUGCUACAAAGUAAGGCUGCACCCGCAGUGCCAGCUAUUUCUUCUAAAUUGAUAAAAAUUGCUAAAAAUGCACAAGAAGUAACAGUCAAUGCACAAGGUUGGAUUGCUUCUGAAAAAGAUCAGGAUUUUUCAGUGUGGAAAGAAAAUAAGCUGAAAUUUGGUGCCAUUAAUACUUCAGAAGACUUGACGAAAGCAUCUAAAUCAGAAGUUCGUGACAUGCAUCUCAUGGAGAAGUAUGCUACAAAAUGGAGAAAAUAUGUUAUUGCGAAAAAGCUUGAAAAAUCAGAUAUUCCCCAUGUUAUUCCACAACAUCGAUGGCUACGGCAAAUGCUCUUUUGUAAAUCUUCAAGAGCAGUACGCCAAGCUGCAUGCAGUAUUGUGAAAAGUUUAGCUGAAAAUCAAAGUCGCAAAGCACAAGUUAUUAGAUAUGCUUACUAGUUGCUUGGAUGAAUGAGUUCUGCUGGAGAGGCUGCUGCAGAAUUCUUUUUGAUGUAUCGACUUAUACAUGACCCUCAAUGGAAAGUCUAUCUUGCUGGACGUGAUAUCCUUCCCUUUAUUGGAGACUCAUUGAUCGAAAUUGCAAAUUUGCGCAAAUUGGAGGAGACUACAUUAAUGCUUGAUUUACAACAAGGAUAUUCCUUGAAAGAACUGACCGAACUGCUUUCAGAAUUAGUCCAUGUUGACUACAUUCGACAGCACCACAAGAGCAACCUAGUAGGAACUGUUUUGAAUGGAUAUCUCAGCUUGAGAAAACUUGUCAUUCAAAGAACGUCUAUCAUAGACGAUACACAAGAACUUUUGCUUGAACUUCUUGAGGACAUGACUACUGGAACAGAGUCGGAAACCAAAGCUUUCAUGGCAGUGUGUAUUGAAACCAUCAACAAAUAUGAGCUCUCUGAUAUUCGUACCCCUCAAUUUAUUGAACGUUUGGCAAAUAUUAUCUUCCCGGAAGAGAACAAUACAAAUGAAUUCUUUCUCUCUCUUGACAAAGAUCCUUUACAGGAAGAUUUCCUUCAAGGAGAAUGUUGGAAACCUUACUCUAGUAAUGAACCUGGUUUGGGUCCAGUUAUGCGUGAUGUCAAAAACAAGAUUUGUCGAGAUUGUGCUGUAGCUUUACUUGAAGAUGAUAAUGGUAUGGAACUACUUGUCAACAACAAAAUAAUAAGUCUUGAUUUAUCUGUGAGAGAUGUUUACAACAAAGUGUGGUUACCAUCACAUAGUGAGGAAGAAGCGAUGAGAGUUGUUUACAGAAUGAGAGGACUUCUUGGCGAAGCAACUGAAGAUAUUAUCGACAAACUAGACCCGGAAGUCGACAAUCGGGAUGAGGAAGAAGUUUAUAGAAUGUCUUCUGUAUUGAGCUCUUGUGGUGGAAUUGAAUCAAUGUUACAAAGACUGGAAUCUGUUCAAAACUUAACUCAUGGUAGACAACUUGUUGUAGCAAUUAUGAAACUGAUGACUUAUGUUGUCCGUCUGAAAUCGAACCGAAAAUACUUAAUGAAACAAGAAUUGAAACACAUUAAAUGUAUACUUGGAACCUUAAAUUUGGGAUUGCAAAGUGGUGAGGAAGGAGUACCAUUGGUAGAACAACUACUUCAAGUUAUGGACAGAGUGUUGCAAGAAACAUCUGAUGACAAGACUGAAUUUGUUACUGGUGAUAAGGAAAAAUUGACAUUAUUGCUUCAACAAAUUGAUAGUGAAGUUGUACGACAUCAUUCAAAAAUUCUUAGAGGGCUGAUGCGUAUUAUACCAUUCCUAUCAUUUGGGGAUACUGACUUGAUGCAAAUGCUCAUUGAUCACUUUAAAUCUGCUUUGGAAUAUGAAAAGUUUGAUGAAAAUCACACAGCUGAAGAUGCGGUAUAUUUAGAUUGCUUCUGUGAAAUCAGCACAGGGAUCGAAGACAAUGAACAUGGUGACGAACUGAAAAAUUUAAUAAUAAAAAAUGGUAUUGUCAAUAACACACUUGCAUACAUCAGCCGCUAUGUUCCUCAACAUAAAAAGUUUGAAUCAGAAGAUUGGAAAGCAUUUGUUUCUCGACCUGCUCUGACAUAUUGUUUGCGUCUUCUUGCAGGCCUUAGCGCGAAGCAUACCGCAACACGCAUUAUUGGACAAACUAGUAUACCCGAUCUUCAUCGCUUAGAACAAGUUUCCACUCAAGAAAGCAUAGGCUCACUUGCAGAAAAUGUACUUGAAGCCAUCAGUGAGAAUCCAGAUGUUGCUAACAUAAAAGAAGUUCGUCGAGAAACACGAGCAGAAAAGAAACGACUCGCAAUGGCCGUAAGAGAAAAAGAACUUGGAGCUCUAGGCAUGAAAACCAAUGCAAAAGGACAAGUUGUGACUCAAACUCCCCUGCUGAAACAAAUUGGAGAUUUGGUUGAUGAAUCUGGCUUAACAUGUAUCAUUUGCAGAGAAGGUUAUAAGUUUGAGCAAAAAGUUCUUGGAAUUUAUACAUUUUCAAGAAGAUGCACAUUAGAAGAAUUUGAAAACAAACCAAGAAAACAGCAAGGGUAUUCUACUGUUUCACACUUCAAUGUUGUUCAUUAUGAUUGUCAUACAUCAGCGGUUCGUGCAGCAAGAGGACGCGAGGAAUGGGAAUCUGCAAUGCUGCAGAAUGCCAAUACUAAAUGCAAUGGUCUUCUCCCAUUAUGGGGACCACAUGUUCUAGAGUCAGCUUUUGCUACUUGUUUGGCACGUCAUAACACAUAUUUGCAGGAAGCAACUGGUUACAAAGAACCUAAUGUUACCAGCACGGUUCAUGACUUGAAGUUACUUUUCCUUCGCUUUGCAAAUGAAAGAUCUUUCAGUGAAGAGACCGGCGGGGGUGGACCACAGUCUAAUAUUCACUUGAUUCCGUAUAUUCUUCACAUGUCCCAGUAUGUGAUUAAUACCACACGAAGUUCACCUAGAGAGGAGCGUAUGGUUUCACUCUUCUUAGAAGCUCCAAAGGAAUCAUGGGUAGAAAGCAGUUACAGUGUUGAUGGCCCGUUGUACAUCACGGCCCUCUGCUUGUUUGUCUGUGACAAGGAAAAGUGGAUGUCAAACAGAUUUUUGUUCCUAAAGAGAUUAUUGGCUUUAUGUCAGACUCGACAAUCUUCGGCUUCGAUUAUAAAUAAACUGACUGAUUGUGUUGUGAAACCAUUCGACACAUAUAAGCCAUUCUUACUCUUUUGGGCCAUGGUAGAUCUCACUUAUACUGAAUUAUUCAAACAUGUACCAAAAGUGGAAGGAUCUGAUACAUGGUCACAGACUCUACAAAAUUAUAUUCGUAACAACGAUUCCGCUUUGCAAGAAACUUCAGAAAAAAUGAUGUCAAAAUUUCAACAAGAAUUUCUAUCAAUUGCUUCAUUGGAAGAGUUCGUCGAUGUUGCAGGACUGCAUGAAGAUGUGGAUGGAGAUGUUCAAGUAUUUAUGAAGGAGUUGUUUGAAUCCCUGCCUAAGUGAUUUUGGACAUCGAUAUAUGUAUAUCUUAUGCUUUUUGUGAUGCUUUAUUUAAUCAGAUAAUGUUUAUACUUAUAUUGACAGUUUCAGCCUAUACUUGAUAAAGUUUCUUAUUUUCACAUUUGGCAAACAAUCCAAAAAAUCAUUUCACCUUAUUGAAAAUUUCUAAAUGCGAGAUUUCAGUUUUUCCGAAUUGGCAAAAACUUCAAGCUUUUUUUAUAAUAUUAUUCUAAAACAUUAGACAAUUAUUCUGGGUAUAAUGGGGUAUGAAAAAACAAUUUUAUUUUGUCAGUCAGUUGUCUGUAUUAUUUGAUGAUACAGUGGAAGGGUUUUAAUCCAAAAUGUCCUUCAAUGAGUGAUUAUUCGGCGCUGACAAAAGGAUUAUCACGAAUCACUUACUUCACAUGUUUAGCAUUUUGAUUUAACUUUUGAUAUUUAAAGUUCCCUGUGUUAUCAAAUGAUUGACAAUGUUUUUCUUUUAAACCACUGAUUUGCUUGUUGUUUUUUAUUUGCUCUCUGUGCUGUGAAAAUGUUCUAUGUUCUAAGCCUGGUUUGCUGUAAAAGUUAGGGAUAUCCAACCAUUGAAUGAUGUAUUCGGAUUGCAUAUUAAAAACUUUUUCUAUUUUUCAGUUGAACUGUCUUGUCAGAGUCAGUCCUUCCACUAUAGUCCAAAAGUUGGAACUUUGUUCUUUUUCUUUGUUACAGUUUGUUUCCUAACCUUUUUGUAAUGAUUUGCUAUUCUAUUCAGAUUUGAAAAUUGUAGUAGGCCUAUAUUUUAAGUUAAAUCGAUUGAAGGUACCCAAAUGAAAAUCGCAUAAACAUCAUGAUUUGUACAAAUUUGUUGUACAGCGGUAAAAUACUUUUAGAACGACUAGUGAAAUUUUUCAACCUAGAUGCUAAGGACACCCAUGCUUGCUUUGAUAUAAUUGUGUGUUUUUUAGAUUUAUUCCAGUCAAAUGCAUGGUGUUUUUUCUUUGAAUGAUGUCAUAUCUUAAAACUCUUUUAAAUGGCUUGAAGUUUCUUUCUGCAAAGUUCAUGUUAAGAUAAGCAUACAAUUUCUUAAAUAGUUAACUUUCCCGAUCAAUUUUGUACAUACAUUGCUUUCAAAAAUGUUGUUGAUUAUAUAUACGAUUCCGACCUUGUCAAGCUCAAUAAAAUGUGGUUUAUGAUUUGUUAAGUCUCGUAUUACGUUAUAUGUAAGCCUGAUUUCAUAUUUAUGCAGUUUGUCUGAUAUAAAAUAUACACCCGUGCAGCUUG